CAAUGUUUGUUUGGGGGGGUAUAACUGGGCAGCUGUGGAUCAGUGGGUUGAGGGUUCAAAUCUGAGGCUUGACAGUAUUUGCCCCCGAAUCGAUUCUUUCUUUGACUUGAUUGUUCUCUAUUUUUCUUCUGGGCUUGUGGAUUGGCGCGUGUGGGCGGGGUGUGUCCGGUUUUCCCGCCUCUGUCACGUGCUGUCGUCUUGGAGUGGUCAUAUGACCAGCACAGCUCAGCUGUUCUCCGAUCUGGACGCUCCGUGGAUCUGGGUUGGUCCUGGUCCUGGUUCUGGUCCUGGUUCUGUUCUGCUCCUGCUUCUGUUGUGGUCCAGCGCGCCAGAGGAACGUCCGUGACGGAAGCGGUAAGUUAGAUCGUCUAGAAGGCAGAAGCUCCUGGUCACAUCUGCUGGAGGUCAUGUCGGCCGUGAAGCUGCAGGAAUGUCGUCAGCUUAUUUCCUCCCAGCUGGAUGGCGUAGUGGACUUCUGGCUCAAACACUCCCACGAUGAAGAAUACGGGGGAUUCUUUACCUGCAUCGGGAGAGACGGGACGGUUUACGAUGACCUGAAGUAUGUGUGGCUGCAGGGCAGACAGGUGUGGAUGUACUGUCGUCUGUAUCGGACCGUGGAACGUUUCCGCCGGCCGGAAAUUCUGGAAGCAGCCAAAGCUGGUGGAGCGUUCCUGAGGAAGUCUGCUCGUCUGUCCAGCUCCGACUCUCCGUGGAAAUGCGCUUUCUGCUUAACGAGAGACGGCAAAGCGGUGAAAGUUCAGAGGAGCAUCUUCAGCGAGUGUUUCUACGUCAUGGCCAUGGAUGAGCUCAGCAGAGUGACCGCAGACCCAGACAUGCAGCUGGAAGCUGAGCAGAUGAUGGAGCAGCUCAUCCACUGGGUCCAGGUGGACCCUUCAGGCUUGGGCCGCCCCCCCCUUCCGGGGGAUAUUGCCACCAACAGCAUGGCAGUUCCCAUGAUGCUGCUGUGUCUGGUUCAACAGCUGACCGAGGGGCGGGGCCAAGAGACGGCCCAGAAGUACCGCGAGCUCGGUACCUGGUGUGUCAGUCAGAUUCUGCAACACGUCCAGAGAGACGGAACCGCCAUUUUAGAGAACGUGUCCACGAGCGGAGCUGAGCUGCCGGGCAGUGCAGGCCGGCUGCAGAAUCCGGGCCACGCUCUGGAGGCGGGCUGGUUUCUGCUCCAGUUCAGUGCAGAGACGGGCGACAAGGAGAUCCAGAAAACUGCGAUGGAGAAGUUCAUCGAGCUCCCGAUGGAGUACGGCUGGGACAGCGACCACGGCGGCCUGUUCUACUUCCUGGACGUGGACGGUCACUGCCCCACGCAGCUGGAGUGGAGCAUGAAGCUGUGGUGGCCCCACUGCGAGGCUCUCAUCGCCCUCCUCAUGGCGUACUGCCAGACCAGAAGGCCGGAGCUGCUGCAGCGCUUCCUCCAGGUUUACGACUACACCUUCAGCCAUUUUCCUGACGACAAGAGCGGCGAGUGGUUUGGAUAUCUGACCCGCGAGGGCAGCGUAGCUCUGGACUUCAUGGGAGGCCCCUUCAAAGGGUUCUUCCAUGUGCCUCGCUGCCUGCUGAUGUGUGAACGCCUGCUGGACGAUCUGCUGCAAACACUCGACGAAUGAACACUCCAACUGAUUCUGAGCACGAGCGAAACACAAAUAAAAAGAUGUCAAAGGCC